AAAGAGAUUGCAUGGUUUCUGUUCACGUGUUAGAGGUGUCCAGAAUGUGUUCGUUGUGUUCUGGCUUUAGUAUACUACUUUGGCAUGAUGUAAAUAUUUAGUUAUCUGAGAAGCUACUACAGAAAACUUUUAUUAUCGUUUGUAUAUUUAAUUGGAAAUCGUAAGAAGACCAAGUGGUGAUAGAUUAUAACGUGGAUCAAUCGAAUACGUUUUUUAACGAACAACAUAAUGAGCUCUGAUGAAGAAGUACGAGAGGUCGAGGAAACUAAUGAGGUUUUGUUUCCUGAAGAUCGUAAGAUAAAUAAAAUUAAAAAUAAGGAAGUUCGAAGCUGGCUGUUUGUCAAGUUAAAGAGACAAAAGAGAAAGGCAAAAAUUGCAGAAAAGAAAAAACGUAAAGAAGAAGGCACAAACAAACCUUCGAAACCUACAAAAACUAUCGAAUCAACGCGAGAAGAAGAUGACACAGCAUUUGAUAAAUUGGAUGAGGAAGGAAAUUUGGAAGUACAAAAAGAUCUUGAAAAUAGUGAAUAUGCUCCUUAUUUUGCAAGACAGUAUGAACCCAAGGUUCUGAUAACUUUCUCAGAUAAUCCUGCGAAGAAAACUAUGCUUUUUGGAAGGGAACUUCAAAGAAUUAUUCCUAAUGCAUUAUGUCGACUUCGAAAGCGUAUUCCAGUUAAAAAUAUCGUAGAAUCUUGCAACCGUGAAGGCUAUACCGAUAUUUUAAUAAUCAAUGAAAACAUGAAGCAAAUGAAUGGUCUUAUGGUGAUUCAUCUUCCUGAAGGCCCCACUGCCAACUUCCGUUUGAGUAGUGUCAGAAUAUCUAAGGAAUUGAGACGAAAAUAUCAGGAGAUUAGUGCCCAUCGACCAGAAGUCAUACUGAAUAACUUCAGUACUCGUUUGGGAAAUAGUGUAGCUAGUAUGUUGGCUGCACUUUUCCAUUAUGAUCCAGAAUUUCAAGGUCGGCGAGCAGUUACAUUCCACAAUCAACGUGAUUAUAUUUUUUUCAGACACCACAGGUACGAGUUCAAGAAAGGUGAGAAAGGUCAGAAGGUAGGAUUGAGAGAGUUAGGACCCAGAUUCACUCUGAAGCUGCGUUGGGUGCAGUCUGGAGUGUUUGAUGGAAAAACAGCAGAAUACGAUUGGAUCAUUUCUGGCCGCCGACAUGAUCUGGAAACUAGCCGACGACGCUUCUUUUUGUAAAGUGAUGUGACACAGUGGAAUUUAAGAGAUAUGAAUGCCAUUUGAAGUUAUUUUAAUAUAUAUAUAAGAGUAUCUCAGUUGUGUUAAUGUGUAUUAAAACAAAUUGUUUUUUGUUAAAACUUAAUAAAACAAUGAGAUAGUAAAGUUGAUGAGACAUGAAACCUUUUUUUGUGUGUAUAUUUUCAUAGAUUCACACUUUUGCUUAACUGGUAAUUAAUGUUUAUUAUUACUGAUAUAUUAUUGCCUUUGAAAUAUUUAGCUCAGUAUACACUGCAUAACUUUCCUAGAUCAAGAGGAUUAUGGUUACUAGCGAAAUACGAAAACAGGUGAAUGUUGCUACAUGUUCUGUUAUGGAGGGAAAUAUGAAAAGAUAAAGGGAGUCAAGUAGUUAGCUAGUAGUAGAUAUAUACUCUCUGGUAGUUAGUUAGUAAAUAAGUAAAUCUGAUUCAUUAAAAGUAGGUUAAAAAUAGCAUAAUGUAUGUAUCACAAGCAUUAACUGGUUCUUGUGAUUGAACCGUGACAAAAAUCCAAGGCGUUUGUUCCCACUCGAUCAUUAGAAUCC